AUGGCCAGCAUGGCGGUGCAGCUGCUGGGCUUCUUCCUGGGACUGUUGGGGUGUGGGACCGUGGUGGCCACGGUGCUGCCCCACUGGCGCAGCACGGCCUACGUGGGCUCCAACAUCAUCACGGCCACGGCCUACAUGAAGGGUCUCUGGAUGGAGUGUGUGUGGCACAGCACGGGCAUAUACCAGUGUGAGCUGUACCGAUCUCUGCUGGCGCUGCCUCCGGACCUGCAGGCUGCCCGGGCCCUCAUGGUGCUGUCCUGCGUGACCUCGGUGCUGGCCUGUCUGGUGUCGGUGGUUGGAUGAAGUGUACCCGUUUCGCCCGGGACUCUCUGAUUAAGUCCCCCCUGGUGCUGAGCGGGGGGGGUCUGCUUCCUGUGUGCCGGGCUGCUGUGCCUGGUCACCGUGUCCUGGACCACCAACGACGUCAUCAUGGACUUCUACGACCCGUUCCUGCCCAGCGGGCUGAAGUACGAGAUCGGCCUGGCCGUGUACCUGGGCUACGCCUCCGCCUGCCUGGCGCUGACCGGGGGACUGGUGCUGGUCUGGAGCAGCAGCGGGGGGAGGAGGUCUCCCAGGAGGAGUCGCCCCGUAUCACCUCCUCCUGCCUUCAACCACAUCUACCCUCCUGCUCCUCCUGCUGCUCCUCCAUACAGGCCCCCCGAGGCCCUGAAGGGCAACCACGCGCCCUCGCUCUGCUCGCUGUCCAGCAGCGGCUACAGACUCAACAACUACGUCUGA